AAACAGUUGGUACAAUUGAUUAAAUUUAUAGGUUACAAAAAUGACAACUCCACGUAAACAAAUUAAAUUAAUGUAAACUUUGAUUGAUUUUACGACUUAAAAUGGUGCUGAAACGUACAAAAAGUUACCAAAACAUUGACGGAUCAUCCAGUAGAUAUGGACAAGGUUCAGAGAAUGUACAGCAGGAAAUUGAGAUGUCCUCUGUCUCUGUGGUCCCUGAUGAUACUUUUACUGUGACACAGGCUGUGAACGCCUUGGGGUUUGGUUGGUUUCAAAUUAAGUUGUCUAUAUGGACAGGGCUGUGCUGGAUGGCUGAUAGUAUGGAAAUGACUAUUUUAUCCAUAUUAUCUCCUGCAUUACACUGUGAUUGGCAUCUAUCAAGGUACCAACAAGCCUUAACAACAACUAUAGUUUUUUUGGGUAUGAUGCUUUCUUCAACCUUUUGGGGAAACCUAAGUGAUAGAUAUGGACGAAAACACGCAUUAUCAUUAUGUUCAGUGUUAUUAUUUUACUAUGGUGUAUUGAGUGCUAUGGCUCCAAGUUUUAUGUGGAUUUUACUACUAAGAGGUUUAGUGGGGUUUGCUAUAGGUUGCACUCCACAAUCUGUGACAUUGUAUGCAGAGUUUUUGCCCACAAAUCAAAGAGCUAAGUGUGUUGUUUUGCUUGAUUGUUUUUGGGCACUAGGUGCAUGUUUUGAGGUAGCUAUAGCAUUAGUGAUCAUGCCCACUUUGGGCUGGCAUUGGCUACUUGCAUUGUCAACUGGGCCUUUACUUGCAUUUGCUUUAGUUUGUCCAUGGCUCCCAGAAUCAGCCAGGUAUCAUGUGGCCAGCGGCCAAACUGACAAAGCGUUGGAAACUCUGGAAAAAAUUGCCAAAGACAACGGAAAACCUAUGCUACUUGGUCGCCUAGUUGUAGAUGACGCUACUUUAACUUCACCGCAUAGAGGGCGCUUCAGAGACUUACUGAUACCCUCUUUGAGGCUAACGUCACUGUUACUAUGGUUUAUAUGGAUGGCAUGCGCGUUUUGCUAUUACGGUUUGGUGCUCAUGACUACCGAGUUAUUCGAAACGUCAGCCAUUUCGUGCUCCGAUAAGCCUACUCCGGGUCAGACUUUGGACACUUGUUCGGCUGAUUGUCAUCAGUUGCAAAGUUCGGAUUACAUGGAUUUACUGUGGACCACUUUGGCUGAAUUUCCAGGUAUUUUUAUAACAAUUUUCAUAAUUGAACGCUUUGGUCGCAAAAAAACAAUGGCAGUGCAGUUCGUCGCUUACGCCAUCUGUUGUAGUUUUUUAGUAGUCUGCACGGAAAAGCGCGCAUUUUUGACCGUAAUGCUAUUUUUUGCACGAGGCAUCAUUGCAGGCGUUUUCCAAGCCGCCUACGUAUACACCCCUGAGGUAUACCCAACAUCACUGAGAGCUGUAGGAGUGGGGUCUUGCAGUGCAAUGGCUAGGUUAGGAGCUAUGGUAACCCCAUAUGUGGCUCAAGUUUUGUUAAAGUCCUCAAUUUCUUUUGCAACAACAAUAUAUUCUGUUGCUGCCCUCUUGGCAGCUAUAGCUUGUCUAAUUUUACCAAUAGAGACAAGAGGAAAAGAACUAACUGACAAUAUAAAUCAACACAAUGAAGAACAUGCAGCUAAGACAUAAAAUUAUUUUGUUGAUUUUAAUUUUGCAGUAUUAACUUUGCUAUAUAACUUCAAAUAGAAAAAAAUACCGUCAAAAAUGCUUUAAUUAAUUCAUAGGAGUAUUAUUUUUUUAUAUAUAAUGUAUUAUGUCUAUUUACAGUUAUAUUGCUUAUUAAACCAAAGUAAUUAUUUAUUAACUUACCAUUAAGAUUAUUUAUUAAUUUAAGCUAUAUUUAAUAUUUAAAUGUUAUUUAUUGUUGCGACUUAUGGGUCCAUAUUUAUUAUGUCAACACGUUUUUGCCCAUUUUGGAACCUCCAUAUAAUCAAUUGUCAUCACCCCUGUUGACGUCAUUAUAUUUUUUGUUUUUUUCUCAUUUUGAUAUAAUUAGAAAUAAUUACAUACUAAAUGUAAGUUUGACAACUGCUGGAUUUUUAACAUGAGAGAAAAAUAAUGACGUGAUCAUAAGAAUUUGACAUAAUAAAUGGACGACCCUUUACCUGAUAUUUUAUUUAUUAUAAUUAUUAUAGUGAGAUGGUGCUGGAUUUUAUAUUGAUAUGUACACAUGUUAUAUACUUUAAUAAAUAAUUAAAACAC